CGAUAUUUCUUCAAUCUGCACAGUCGUGCCGCAUCCACCGCUGGUUGCGUACCUAUCUCGCGGUCUUCAAAAUACUUUGUAUACGCAUCUCUUUCCGAUAAAAGUUCUUGAGAGUUGUAUUCAAAAUUAAAUGUGAUAGAAACAUGUUACGAAUUCUGUCGCGUAAUCGCAAUAAAUAAAAUAAAAGAAGAAUAGAAGCUUUAAAGUAAAUUAAAAAAAAAAAAAAAACAAAAAGAAAACGAAAAUCGAUCGUGUAAAUGACAAAUAAUCGAAGAAAUUAUUAUCAGUGAAAUGUUCCUGAAAACUUUGUCGUGAGAUAGGAAAUAAUUUUAUUUUUAGUCGUUUUUAUAUUUUCUCCCGACUCUGAUAUUGUCUAAGCACGUGUGUCGUUACGUUUCAUAAAUUUUUUAUUUUUCUGUUACCGCUCGUUUAUUUAUGGACGACGGUACUUACUAAGUCUCGUUAACACGCGCAGUUUUCCCACGAGAAACGAAAGAACAACAUGAUUUUUACGAAAUUUAAGCGCAAAUUAAAUAUUUCACAACUUUACAACGAAUAACUAGCUCUGAGAUUCGUGUGGAUUAUUUUGUUAAAGUGACGUACGUUUUACGGAGAGUCUUAUUACUGGACGAUAUCAUAAAAAGCUAUUUGACGAGAAUGUGUCAAGAAAGUUUCGUGGGAUUCAGGUUGAAAAAUAUAAUUUAAGUCGCGUGAAUGGUGAUAGCUGUGCGGAAAGUGCGAAUAAUUUACCCAAAAUAUCUGAAUAUUUUACCGAAAGUUUCCACGUGAUGUUUCUUUAAAUAUGAUAUCCAUCUUUUGUAACGCAAGAACGAUCAAGAAAACGUGACCCAGAAAAGUGUGAGAUCGAAUGCAAGUUACUUGAUAUUCUGAUGUUUAACGUGCUCAUUAAAUCAAAGUUCCUUACUAAUAAAAGAGGAAAGGAAAAAGAGAUUGAAGUUGACAGAUUUUAUUUAACAGGAAGAUCUUCGAAAUUUUAUAUCGACGGUCCACUGAAUAAUUCUUCACGCGCUGGAUUAUCGAUUAACUAACACGCAUAUGAGAAAAUUACAAUAAAGAAUAUUACAAAUUCUAAUCAUCGUUUAAAACAUCGUUUAUUGUGUGAAAGAAUGACGUGAUAGAAUGUUAAAUUUGGAUGUGAAUGCGCUCGAGUUCGGUAUAAGGAUACAGGCAUUUAGAUGUCUUUGUGCUAUCAUGAUAUCGAAAUCAAAGAUGCAUCAACGAUAUUCAUCAGGGACAUAUUUGUCAAACGAGAGUUGCAGCAAUUAGUAGCCGUUGGACGACCAAUCAUGAAUCGAUCUAUCUGCAUCAGUUACGCCUUAUGAGCCUUAAUCCGGUAAAAGGAAGGGCGGGUGAUCGUUAAACCCUCUCGAUAUCAGCGCGUGAGGACCAAGAUCGACAGCUGGCGGAAAGAAAAUCAUACUUAAUCUCUCAAAGACACGACGUAAGAAUUUACUAAAAUUCCAUUAAUCGCAAGGAAUUUUGGGGGAAAUUCGUAUAUUAGAUACACGCCAUCGACUAGAUUUUUCGUUGAGAUUUAGAAAUACAGAGUAUUAAGUUUUUAACUGCAGUGUUCACUGACGUGAUACAUUUACUGUCAUAAACAACAGCUUUCAUAUCUAUCUUCUUUUAAACUAAAAUGAAACUGAAAUAUAGGAGAAAAUUAUAUUAAAACUUGUAACAAGGCCAUUUGUUAUGAUAUGAACGAAAGUGAUUAGAAACUCCAAGAUACAGUUUCAAGAUCUGCUAUGAUAUAACUUCAACGAUCUGUGGUUGUGAUACACGAUGUUUCAAGAGAUGGAGACUUUGGACAGAAUAGCCAGAAAUUUUUCAAACAGCUCGUACAACGAAACUCAGAAACUCUUCGAUGACUUGGAAUAUAAUUUCGAUCGACAUCAAGUGGAAAGAAUAGUAGUAGUUGUGGUGCCGAUAUUUUUUGGUAUGAUUGGUAUCCUUGGACUCAUUGGGAACUCUUUGGUUGUUAUCGUGGUUGCCGCGAAUCCUGGAAUGAGAUCAACUACGAAUAUCCUAAUUAUUAAUCUAGCCGUAGCGGAUCUAUUAUUCGUCAUUUUUUGUAUACCAUUUACCGCGACCGAUUUUGUGCUACCCUACUGGCCCUUCGGCAACUUCUGGUGCAAGAUGGUUCAAUAUCUCAUCAUCGUCACUGCCUACGCCAGUGUUUACACCUUAGUCCUCAUGAGCCUCGAUAGAUACUUAGCAGUGGUUCAUCCCAUUUCCUCCAUGUCAUGGAGGACCGAAAAUCACGCAAUCGUCGCCAUCUGUAUCGCCUGGGCGAUGAUUUUCGCAAUAUCCACUCCUGCAUUCAUCGUCCACGGUGAGGACAUGGAUGACUUGUCGUCGGAGAACCUGACGGCUUGUCGAAUCCUACCGCAAUAUAGUUGGCCGUUAUUCCAGUUGUCAUUCUUCCUGAUGAGCUAUCUGCUGCCACUGACGCUGAUAUGUUUCUUUUACAUUUGCAUGCUCAUCAGACUCUGGCGCACUGAUCGCGUCAGCGCCGAAAGUCGACGCGGAAGAAAGCGAGUUACGAGGCUAGUCUUCGUCGUCGUUGGCGUUUUCGCCUUUUGUUGGUGUCCUAUACAGGUAAUCCUAGUGACAAAAGCAUUGGAUGUGUACCGAUUGACAUCAGCGACAAUAAUGGUGCAAAUAGCGAGUCAUAUUCUGGCAUAUACGAACAGCUGCGUCAAUCCUAUUCUUUACGCUUUUCUCAGUGACAGCUUUCGGAAAGCUUUUCGAAAAAUUAUUUACUGCAGACCUCGACCAGAUCAAACCAGACAACUGGGACCAUUGACGAAGACUACGAGAGCUGCCAGUACUGGUGACAUCCUUUAGGUCACAAAUAUUUCGACGCCGAAUUCGUCGUUCUGUAACAAGCACUAAUUGCGCCGAUUUUACAUCGAAUUUAAAGGAUAUCGCCGGCAUUCGGCAUUCGAUAUUCGAUAUUACACAGGAUAGUUAUCAUGGGAACUGAAACGUGCAUUCGUGUCGUUUAAGCGUGACGUCCGUUUUGCGAAACAAUUACAACAGCGACGUAUCUUUAAUCUUCCUAAUUAACAAGCUCGAUGACUGUGUCGAUCGCGUGACGUUGCUCGAUUUUUGGAGCAAUUCUAUCGUAUCGAAUGUUCCAUGGAUUCGUAAUUAAGCAUGUUUUUUUUCUCGUGUGCUGAUGGUAAUAAACGUUUUAUAUAGACGUAAAUGGCGUGCGGAGUUUACGCUUACACUGUGAACAAACUUUGUACAUAGUAAUGCUUGUAAGGUAAUAACGACAGUACGAGUAUAAAUAGUAACAUUAAGUGAUGAAUAGGUUCGACGAUAGUUACUAAUCUAGAUUUAGAGAACAAAGAAACAGCUUAUCGUUUGUCCUGUAAAGAAGAAUCCAAAAAGAAAGGAACAAAAGAGCUUAAUGGCGCGGCUGAUAGAAAGAUGUUGAUGUUUAAAUUAUUAUAAAACUUUUAAGUUACGUAAUUUCGAGGGGAGGCUUCGCUGAAGAUUCGUGGAUCGUGGUAGAUAAGCCCCUGCCCAUCCGCGAGCCAAGCGCGCAAAGAAAUAUACAUUUUGAAAGUAACUUAAACGACGAUGUGAGAUUUUCCUUUCUUUUCUAGCUGAUCGUCGUAGAUUUUAAGAGUCCUAGGUUUAAGAACACUCGAAAUUUCGUGGAGAAUUGUCCUGAUACAAAUUGUAAAGUACAUAUAUCAAUAAAGGCGCUCAUGUAAUACAAAGAAGAAA